AUGUCCAUCACGCUACUCCCCACAAAGGAAGCCUACGACAAUCUCGUGCGGAGCAAGAGCGAUUCGGUCAUCAUCAUCGAUUUCCAUGCUACAUGGUGUGGACCGUGCAAGAUGAUCGCACCCGCCUACCAGCAACUCGCCCAUCAGUACCCUCUGGCCAUCUUCACAAAAUGCGACGUCGAUGCCAACCGGACGCUUGCACAAGCCUUCAGAGUGAGCGCAAUGCCGACCUUUGUGAUCACGCGUCAUGGCGCGACGCUGUCGACGGUCAGAGGAGCAGACAGGGCCGGUCUGGAGAGCGCUAUCAAGGCUGCUCUCGCUACUGCUGCUGCUGGACCUUCUGCUUCCGGAUCGGGCAGUGCGGAUUCUCUGAUGAGUAACAUCGAUGCGGGUCAAGCGAGCUGUCUCAAUAUCGACACAAAGUGCUCGCUACGAUCGUUCGUUGCGAGAGAAAAGGAUAGAUACAUCGAAUCGGAUGCAGACGAACAGCUUCUCCUCCACCUUCCAAUGACACGUACGACAAAGAUCAGAGCGAUCAAGCUGACGACUGCAAGUGAGCAUGCGAGCAAAGCGCCAAAGGAGAUCAAACUCUUUGUCAAUCGACCCGAGCUCGGUUUCGAUGAUGCCGAAAACGAAGAGGGAGCACAAUCGAUCGAGUUGACAGAAGCGCAAGCCUCGGGCAAGGAAGAGAUCGAACUCCGCUUUGUCAGAUUCGCCAAUGUCACCCAUCUCUCGAUCUUCGUGUCCAGCAAUCAGGGCAAUGAGGAUACGACGUUGAUCUCUUCGCUCGAUAUCCUCGGUACACCCGAGGGCUCAACAGCUAUGGACGUCGCAUCUCUUCGCAAGCAGCAGCAAGAGUGA